CACCUUACUGCUCAUUGCGGCGCAUGUGCUGGGGACUGGUGGGGUCUAGUCGGAGUACAACGCUUUCUGGAGAUGUGUACAAGCUGGAGCUACCUACCUCUUUGUGCAGCUCUGCAAGAUGCUGUUCUUGGCCACUUUCUUUCCCACCUGGGAGGGUGGAGCCGGGGCUUAUGAUUUUGUGGGGGAGUUCAUGAAGGCCACGGUGGAUCUGGCUGACCUGGUGGGGCUGCACCUGGUGAUGUCGAGGAACGCGGGGAAGGGCGAGUACAAGAUCAUGGUGGCAGCCAUGGGAUGGGCCACGGCCGAGCUCGUCAUGUCCAGGUGCAUUCCUCUCUGGGUGGGAGCCCGUGGCAUUGAGUUUGACUGGAAAUAUAUCCAGAUGAGCAUCGACUCCAACAUCAAUCUGGUUCACUACAUUGCCAUGGCUGCCCUGGUGUGGAUGUUCACCCGCUACGACCUGCCCAAGCGCUACCGCCUGCCCCUCACCCUGCUGCUGGGCCUCAGCGUCUACAAGGCCUUCUUCAUGGAAUCCUUCGUUCACGUCUUUCUGCUGGGCAGCUGGACAGCGCUGCUGGUCAAAGCUGUCAUCACCGGCUUCCUGGCGCUUAGCUCCCUGGGUCUCUUCGUUACCUUGGUCCACGGAAACUAAUCGCCCCCACCCACACCCCGUCAGGGAUACUCUCAGCUCUGCUACCUAGGGACCUUGGGGAUGGCUAAACACCCGGUUUUGUUGCCUGCUGCAGGCACCGGAUCCGAUCCAUGUUGGAUCCACCAGGACAAGGGUCAGAAUAAACCACAGCUGUCGGGUUUUUUUUAUUUUCAA